UAUAUAUAACAUCUCUCUCUAAUUCUUUCUCUUUCUUUCUCUUUAUCUCAUUUUCUCUGCUUCUCUCUCUCUCUCCUUUUUCAACUCUCUCUAUUUCUCUUCUCCUAUUCCCUGUCUCCCUCUCUUUCUAAUUUUCGUUCUCUCUUACUUUAUCCACUCUUUCUUUCUCCCUUGCUCUCUAUCUAUCUAUCUAUCUAUCUAUCUAUCUAUCUAUCUGUCUGUCUGUCUGUCUGUCUCUAUCAACUCUGCAGUUUCUCUUUUUCUCUCUUUCCUUCUCUCUCUCUUUCUCUCCCUCUCUCUCUCUCUUUCUCGCUCUCCCUCCAACUGUCUGCUUCUCUACCUAUCUAUCUACCUAUUUAUCUAUCUAUCUAUCUAUCUAUCUACCUAUUUAUCUAUCUAUUUAUCUAUCUAUCUGUCUGUCUCUAUGAACUCUGCAGUUUCUCUUUCUCUCCCUCUCUCUCUAUACACACAUACACACACAUAUAUAUAUAGACACGCAUAUAUAUGUAUAUAUAAAUGUAUAUAUAUUAUUCAUGCAUACUCACAAACACCAAUGUGCACACAAACAUACACAAAUAUAUACAUGUAUAUAAAUAUGUCUUAUACAUCACAUGUACACAAAUAUACACAUGUAUUUAUAUACAUAUUACACAUAUACUCAAAGAUACAUACAUAUGCAUACAUAUACAAACACAUGCACAAUAUAUAUUUAUAUGUAUAAUAAUGUCUUUCAUAUUAUGCACACAUACACACACACACACACACACACUCACACACACACACACACACACACACACAUAUAUAUAUCAUGAUUUUAUAUAUCACUUUCUAUGUUUGGGGGUUUCUCUGUCUACCUACCUAGCUCCCUGUCUUCCGACAUAGCUAUCUAUCUACUUUUCUAUCUAUCUAUCUAUCUAUCUAUCUGUCUGUCUGUCUCUUCCUCCAGCCAUCUAUUUGUCUAUACAUUCAUUUUGCUUAACCAGCAUGAUGAUUAGUCGCAGUACCAGCAGCAUUUUGAAGUUGACUUCCCCAGAGGUGAAAGAACAGAUGUAUGGAUCCUUCCGGACAAAACUGUAUGAAGCCAAUCAAGAAGCUAAUGACUGCCUGGAUUACUUAAACCGGAUCAGAAGAAUGAUCCGUUCUUCAGAUAUAUUCACAGUUACAUUGGUCAUAGUCCUUCUGUUACCCUUAUCUAUGAUAUUUGUCGGUUCCAGUUUCCAAGAGGAAUGUCCCAAAGAACCCCGCAUUCUUGUCUAUCUGUUAGUGACAGGGAGUACAGGGACCCUGAAGAUGAUCCUGUCCCUUUGGCGCCAAGUCUCGUUUCGACGUAGCCAGAAGUACGAAAGCUACAACACCCACCACAAUGACUACGAUGACGAUGAUGACGACGAAUCACUUGUUGUAACCAAAAUGCUGAAGUUCACCAGCAACUUCCUCACUUUAUUCCUAAUUGUCUGGUUUGUGCUAGGUAACGUAUGGGUAUUUGGAAUUUGGUGGCCUAACCCCUACGGAAGCCUCCACAAACCAAUAGACUGGUGCAAUCGAUCUGUCUUUAUCUAUUGCAUAGUUCAUAUUAUGAUUGUGUAUAUCUUGCUGGCAGUGGCUGUACUAACAGUCAUAAUUUUGAUUAUCUGUUAUAUGUGUCAAAGAACGGAUUAAGUUUUACCCCUCAGUAUUUCUUUUCAUGUCUGUAUACAUACACAUACAUACAUACAUAUAUAAAAAAACAUACUUAGUAUGUAGAUAGGGUUAUAAUCCCAGUUGUGUCCUCAUAAAGUACAUCCGUGUAUUCCAGUACUCCAAAUUAUAUUUGUAGAUGUUAUAUUUUAUAUGAGAGUUGAAAAUACUGGAGGAUGCGGUUAUAUUGUUAAAUACGGGAAAAUAAUUAUUGCAGAGUAAUUACAUGUUAAAAGAGAAAACUGCAAAAACUUCUUGGCAUUAUUUAUUCUGCAUUACAUAUGUUUUGUUACUAAUAGGAGUUAUAUAGAUAUACCUGCAGAAAAACAUGUAAAACAUCUCCUAUUAGUAAUUUUUCAGACUGAGAAUUAUAAUAAUACAGACUUACAUUGCAUUGAGCUACAGUAUAUAGUAAUAAUAUCAAUCAUACAUAUACAUACAUAGAUAUAUGUGUAAUAUGUAUGUGUGAGUGUGUGUGCAUAUAUGUGUGUGUGUAAGUAUAUAGUUACAUAGAGGAGAAAUUAUGAUAAACACAAGAUGCAGUUUAUAUAUAAUAUGUUCCCUACAUAUGUUUCAACAUUGUGGUAGUUUGGAACUUGUGUAUUUCAUGUUCCAAGAGCAAUUGGAUGUUAGACCACAACAGA